CACUCAAAUGGGAAUAAUUUUCAAGAUGGCUACCUAAUGUAACCCGGAGUGUUUAUUCAUGAAAAAAUCAGGGAAAGGCGUGUUAUUUCUGUGAAUAUGUCUAGUCAAAACACACGAACGACUAGAUAUAGUACUAGGAAUACAAAAAAUCGUUCCAACGUAAAACAGUCAUCAACAAGAAGACAUAACGAAGAAGGAGGAAGAGACAGAUCAAAUAGUAAUAGCAGCGGCGAGGAGAAUGACAUUAAACCUGGAAGAAUCAGAUAUAACCUCAGAAAAAGAAGUUUGGACUCAUCAGAAAAUGGUGAAGCUGGAGACCAAAAAGAUGCACAGAUGCCUAAAAGAAGAAAAUCAUCUUCUCGUUCAGUAGCUCCAUAUUUGAAAGGUAACGCAGUUGGAGCUCGAUACAUUCAAGAGGAAUUACCUGAUGAAGUUCUUUUGAAGAUUUUGAGUUAUCUGUUAGAGUUUGACCUUUGUCGAGUAGCUUGUGUUUGUAAACGAUUUAGGACCAUUGCUAAUGAUACAGAAUUAUGGAAAAAAUUGUAUCAAGAAGUAUUUGAGUAUGACUUUCCGUUGCUUCACCCAGAACCAAGGGUAUUUAAGUUUCUACAUCCACAAGUAUACUGUGACUAUGAUAACCCAUGGAAAGAAAGCUUCAGACAGUUGUGUAAAGGUAUACACGUGAGACCAGGAUUUAGAGAUCUGUAUCACAGAAAGUACAGAAAGUUAAAAGGCAGAGAUAUGAAGUGCUUUGAAACGAUUGAAUUUGCAUAUGACUGGGUUGUUACAGAAGAGUUGGAAAACCAGAUAAUCUUUGUCCAUUCAGGAAUAUAUCAUAGAGAAUAUCUAUUUAUUGACACCAAUGUGGCUAUAAUAGGUGCUGCUUCUGGUAAUGUGAUUGAUCAUGUGAUUAUUGAAAGAGAGAGUGAAUCUACAGUAAUGUUUGUAGAAGGUGCUAAAGACGCUUACUUAGGCUAUGUUACAUUAAGAUUUUCACCUGAUAUUACAUCAUCUGUACCACAUCACAAACAUUAUGCUUUAGAAGUAACAGACCAUUGUUCUCCAGUCAUAGACAGUUGUAGGAUUAAAAGUACUUCUGUUGUGGGUGCUGCUGUAUGUGUAUCUGGUACAGGUGCUGACCCUUUUAUAAAACAUUGUAAGAUAAAAGAUUGUGAAAAUGUUGGACUUUAUGUGACAGAUUACGCACAGGGUACAUACGAAGACAAUGAGAUCAGUGGAAAUGCCUUGGCAGGUAUAUGGGUGAAGAACCAUGCCAACCCUAUCAUGAGACGCAAUCACAUUCAUCAUGGUAGAGAUGUAGGAAUAUUUACCUUUGAUAAUGGCUUGGGAUAUUUCGAAUCUAACGAUAUACAUAAUAACAGAAUAGCAGGAUUUGAAGUUAAAGCUGGUGCUAAUCCCACUGUUGUUAGGUGUGAGAUACACCAUGGUCAGACAGGGGGUGUAUAUGUCCAUGAAAAUGGACGUGGGCAGUUCAUAGAAAACAAAAUCCACUCUAAUAACUUUGCUGGUGUGUGGAUAACAUCAAACAGUGAUCCUACUAUCAGGAAAAAUGAUAUUUAUAAUGGCCAUCAAGGAGGGGUGUAUAUAUUUGGAGAAGGAAGAGGACUGAUAGAACACAAUAACAUUUAUGGUAAUGCAUUAGCAGGUAUCCAGAUCAGAACAAACAGUCAUCCUAUCGUCAGACAUAAUAAAAUACAUCAUGGUCAACAUGGCGGUAUAUAUGUUCAUGAAAAGGGACAGGGUCUAAUUGAAGAGAAUGAAGUGUAUGCCAAUACUUUAGCAGGAGUAUGGAUUACAACAGGCAGUACUCCAGUACUACGCAGGAAUAGGAUACAUAGUGGCAAACAGGUUGGGGUGUAUUUUUAUGACAAUGGACAUGGAGUGCUUGAGAACAAUGAUAUCUUCAAUCAUUUAUAUUCAGGUGUUCAGAUAAGAACAGGAAGUAACCCUAUCAUUAGGAAAAACAAGAUCUGGGGAGGACAAAAUGGUGGUAUUCUUGUCUACAAUAGUGGACUGGGUCUGAUAGAAAAUAAUGAAAUCUUUGACAAUGCAAUGGCUGGAGUCUGGAUCAAAACAGACAGUAAUCCAAUUUUGCGCCAAAAUAAAAUAUAUGAUGGCAGAGAUGGAGGAAUCUGUAUUUUUAAUGGAGGAAAAGGCAUUUUAGAAGAAAAUGAUAUUUUUCGUAAUGCACAAGCAGGAGUAUUAAUUAGUACAAACAGUCAUCCAUCCUUACGAAGAAAUCGUAUAUUUGAUGGAAAUGCUGCUGGUAUAGAAAUAACAAACAAUGCUACGGCAACAUUAGAAGGAAAUAAAAUAUUUAAUAAUAAAUUCGGAGGACUCUGUCUAGCUAGUGGUGUUCAUCCAAAACAAAAAGAUAACAUUAUCACAGGCAAUCACAACAUGGUACACAGGGCUGUAUCAACUGGACAGUGCUUAUAUAAAAUAUCCAGUUACACAAGUUUUCCAAUGCAUGACUUCUAUAGAUGUCGGACUUGCAAUACAACAGAGAGGAAUGCAAUAUGUGUGAACUGUAUUAAAACUUGUCAUGCCAGUCAUGAUGUAGAGUUCAUUCGACAUGAUCGAUUUUUCUGUGAUUGUGGAGCAGGGACUCUGAACAAUCAAUGCCAGUUACAAGGUGAACCAACGCAAGAUACAGACACAUUAUAUGACUCUGCUGCACCUAUGGAAACCCACACGUUACGAGUAAAUUGAUGAAUGUUUAUUUCGUGUAAUAACUCGCCUCAGUUUUGUUUUAUUUUAGCAACAAAUAUGGGAAUAAAACAUAAAUCACUUGAAAAGAUUUUAUCUGUUAAACAAAUUUUUUUAUUCAAAUUGACACGAGCAAGGAUAAAUGUUGCUCAGGCAGAAUAUCCACAAGAUGCUAAACAUAAUAUAUCUGGUGCCAAAUUUGGAAAUGCAAUAUUUAGUUUUCAUCGAAAUGGAAAUAAAUUGUGCAUGCUUUAUAUAUUGCAAAAAGAUAUUUUAACAUUUUAUCUUUUACACAGAAAUGCACAUUAAUUUUAUUUUGUAUGGAAAUUUGUGGGAAAGUGGGCUAUUGUCCAAAUAUAAAGUGUACUGUGAUGAAAUUAACUUCAAUUAACAGGUGGUGAACACGUUCUUUCAUUUGAAUGUAUAUGCAUGUGUAAUGCAUUAGCACUGGUGUGCCUCUCUAAUCUGAAAAGUAAAGGAGUCUGUAUUACAGGGUUGUGGGUAAUGGCUAUUUCCAUAAUUAAAACACUGCUGAAUUACCAAAAAAGUGCUUUUUGUGAUGAUUCUAUUUUUGUGAUUUUUGUAAAAUUAUUCCACACUUUGUAGAUUUUGAUAUAAAAAGUAUAUUCUUUUUGUGGUUCACAAUAGUAGCUGAGAUACAUUGUAGAUUAAUUUUCUGUUACAAUUUCUUAUGAAGGGGAAAAGUUGAUUAACAUUUUAAACCAAUAUUUUCAUUAUAUAUGAUAACUCAAGGUUUUUAGUUGUGGUUAAUUGAUGGGUAUACCAGCCAUUUAACCAAGUUUAAAAUAAUGUCUAUUAGUAAAGAAUAUUCGAUAAAAAGGUGUUGUUUUAAAGUUUAGCUUGUAAAGCAUAGUAAAUUAUCCACGAGACUAGAAACUAGCAUUUUAAUUAUUUAGAAAAAGAAAUGCCUAUUUUAUAGAAGUAUAUUUUACUUUGUCUUAAACACAUUUGCAACAGCAUUGAAAAGAAAUGUUAAAUUUACUUAUAAGUUUAUAAAUGUAUAUGUAAGAUGUGAAUGGAAAGGUAUAAAUGUAUGGGUGAUGAUGUUGUAUUUAGGUCAGUAUGGUUAAGCACCAAAGUUUUUAUAUGCACUGCUGUUAUCAUAGAUCUGUACUAAUACUGUGUUCAUUGUUGGGUAUACUGUAAUGGAGUUUAAUUAUUUGUUGUGUAUAUGUUCAUUUUUGCCAUUUAUUUUUAUGCCCCCGCCGCAGCGGAGGGAGCAUUAAGUUUUACCAUUGUCCAUCUGUCCGUACGUCCGUACGUCCCAAAAUUGGUUUCCGUUCUCUAACUUAAGUUUGCCUCAACCAAAUGUUAUGAAACUUAUACACAAUGCUUAUUACCACAAAACACAGAUCAGAUUUGAAUUUUUGUGGCGUCACUUUAACUGUUCUAGAGUUAUGCCCCUUUAUAAAUGGAAAAAUUGCAAAAUUUUUCAUUUCAAAUUUUUCAUUUCCGUUCUUAAUCUUAAGUUUGCCUCAACCAAAUGUUAUGAAACUUAUACACAAUGCUUAUUACCACAAUACACAGAUCAACUUUGAAUUUUGGUGGCGUCACUUUUAUUGUUCUAGAGUUAUGCCCCUUUACAAAUGGAAAAAUUGCUAAGGUUUUCAUUUUUUUUCUAAUUUUAAAAAAUUGGAGUUAUCUUCCUUUAACCAUGAUUAUAGUUGAAUCAAGUACAAUCAAUGCUUUAUACAAUGCAAUGUUUAAUUUUGCCUUCCACUGAUAAAACACAGAUCAAGUUGAAUUUGGGUAGUGUCACUUUAACCAUUAUUGAGGUUAAUGCCCCUUUAUAAAUCAAAAAAUUGCAAAAUUUGUAGUUUCCGUUCUGUAACUUAAGUUUGCCCCAACCAAACAUGAAACCUAUACACAAUACUUAUUACCACAAAACUAAGAUCAAGUACAAAUUUGGGUAGCGUCACUUUUAUUGUUCUUGAGUUAUGUCCCUUUAUAAUGUUGUAUGCAAGCGGGGACACAUUCUCCAUUUAUUUCUUUUCAAUUUUAUUUUUCACAGAUUUACUGAGAUAAUAGAUGAUUUCCACGUUCGUGCAUCCUCCUAUACAUUUCCAAUAUCACAAUGCUUAUGUUAUUAAGUCACAGUAAGAGUCAAUUAUUCAAUGACAUCAUGUAUGCCUAUUAACAUCAUUUUAACCGUUGCAACUCAUUCCUUAAAAGGAACUCAAAACUGGUUUAUUAUUCAUGAUCAACAUUUUGUUUCUAAGUUUAUUUUCGUUUUUCUGUUGAAAAAAACAAUUGAUAAAAGAAGGUUGAGAACAGGUUUCUCUGAUAUUGACUAUAUUCUAUUCAAAUGUAUUCAGUUAAUUUGAUGGACCCUUAUCUAUAAUAGAAAAAAGGAAAUCUCUGAAUAAUGAACACUGAAUAUCUAUGUUAGGCCAUUCAUUGUACAUGUAUAUUAUUUUUCUCCAUUGUCAAGUUUCUGAUGUUAACAUUUGCAGAUGUGAAUGUGUUCCAAAAAAGCCUUUUUAGAUUAUUAGUUUUUCUGACAGGAAAAAUUUGUGUGAAAAUUAACACCUUUGUUUAUUAUUUUUUUUUAUAUGUGUUUCAAUUGAAAUACUGAUCAGAAAUCUAGACUAAAUGUCUGUAUUCAUUUCAUACAGUAUAAACAGCUAGACAUGUAAGAGUAUAAAGUAUUGUUAUCCAUAUGUGAUUAGAACUUUUAUUUUGUUGUUCUCUCACUAUUUUUAACUUUGAAAUAAACUGUUGCAUGAAUAAUGAUAUUGACAAACAAUAUUACUUUUUAUGUAAGAAUUGCCCUAUAUAGACAUUAGUUAAUCGUUUUUCUUAUCACUGCCAUUUUAUGAUAACAUUGACAUUUACAGUUCAAAUUUUAUUUUCACAGCACAUGUGUUGUGUCAGUUGAAAACAUUAUGUUACUAUGGUUACAGAGAGAUUGUUGGUUGUUUUAUCUUGUUGAGUGUGUUACUUGUCCUAUAAUUUAAGUGUAUAUUACAUGUCGUGUACAAUCGUUCAUAGUUUUCUGUUUCUUUAUUGUAGCUUUAUGGUAAAUUGGUGCUUUGAAAACUUUUUCAGGAAUUCGAGAUACAUUUUAUUUACAAAAUAGAAUGUAUCAGGACUGUUCCUACAAACCAAUAGAAUUAUUUUCUUGAAAACCAAAUUAAGUAAUCAUGCACAAAUUGUAUAUUAUCAUGCAUGGUUAUCAACCAAUCAUGUGAACAUUCUUGUUAACUGUUGACCAUAAAGCAUCUAAUAUUGAGGCAGUUGUUAACUGUUGAUAUUACUAUAAAGCAUCCAAUAUUGAAGCAGAAAAUGUCUUUAUUGUUCUGUUAUGUAUUUUGUUUAGAUUCUAUUCUUAACUUUCCUGUGAUUUUUGUGUUAAAUCCUGGUGACGUCAUUCUGAAAAUACAAAAAUUCAACUCAGGAAUUUCUCAUUUUUUUUCAUUUUAUAGAAUUGUUUCAGAUACAGCAUUUGAUUUCAUAGAUGAAAUGUCAUAGGAAAGUUUUAUUUUGUUGUAAAUUAUUGGCUGUUUUGUACAGAACUCAUUGUUUCAUAUAAGAUAAAUUUGAUUUAUACAUUAUAAAUCCUAGAUUUAAAAUAGGUCUAAAAUUAUUGAGAAUAGUAAAACCCAAAUAAACAACACUAUUCAAGGUUCUGAUAAACUUUGCAUUAGAGGUGAUAACUUAUUUUUUCUAGCAUCAAUGUUUAAUUUGAGUUAAUCAUCUAAAUAUGUGAAUACUAUCUCUGUAGUAGCUGAUGACAUUGUGGAACUAUGAAGAUAAAAAAGGUCCAAUUAAACAAUGAGUGUAUUGUUAAUGUAUCAAGCAACAGCUACCAUUGAUUCUGUUGUAAGUGUCAAGUUAAAUGAUUCCGUCCAAAAAUAAUCAUUUAAAAGUUACUUGAAUACAAUCAGGAAAAGUCGGGUAAAUAACUGGGUUUAAAGUUUACUAGUGAAUAAUGUAGAAAGCCAAUAAACACAAAUGUUCUUAAACAACCGUAUCCAGUAUAACUGUAACUAACCAAACAACUCCACAAGGCAUUGACUAUGUAGACUUCUUUGAUUCUGUGUUUACAUUCAUGUUGUUUUUUCUUGAUAAAUGGGACUUAUUUUGUAUGUUUUGUUUAUUUUUGGAUUUGAUAGAGUUCAUAUACAUAAUUAGAGUAUUUAUUAGAGUAUGACUGUGUUUAAGAGUGUGAUAUAUCAUAAUAAAAACACCACUAUAUGAUCAGAUCAUCAGAAAAAAAUAAAUAUGUUCAAAAUA